UCCAAAACUACACACAUGAGACAUUUCCUCUUUCUUCUGUGCGCUGCCUAUCUGCAGUGAGUGAUGAAGCGGUAGCAGAGUAUGCAGCAACUCGACAAAUUUACCUUUUGCUAGAAAUAAAGGAAUAUUAACACGUCGACAGGAUGCUUCGGGUGGUUGUGGAAUCUGCAAGCAAACUCCCCAAAAGCAGCUUUGGAACACCGGAUCCAAUAACCACUGUUUAUUUCAAGGAUGAAAAGAAGAAAACCAAAUCAAUUAAUAGUAAUUUAAAUCCUGUUUGGAAUGAGGUCCUUGAAUUUGACCUAAAGGGUUUACCUCUGGAUUCCUCCUCAUUCAUCACUGUUACAGUCAAAGAUUUUGAAACCAUCGGAAAAGACAAGUUUAUUGGUUCCACAAAAAUCUUCCUAAAGGAUUUAGCAAGUGGUCAAGUGAAGACCCUUCCUUCCAAGAAUUUGGCUCUCCUGAAUGAAAAAAGUCAACCAAUUGGAGGAACAAUUGACCUUGUAAUUGCGUAUGAACCACCGCCAUCUGCUGCUCUUCCUAAUCCAAAUGACCCGUCAGGCAACUCUCAGGAUGUUGGAGGUACAGCUGGAGGUGGUGAUGAAGGCGAUGAAGAGUGUGUUGAUGGUGGGGGAGGUGUUCCAUCAUCGCCCUCUGCUGGACAGCCCGGGAACCAGCUCCAGAAGAGGCUUGGAAGUAGCAAGAAAAACCGCAGAAUCCUAUCCAACAAACCACAGGAUUUCCAGAUCCGUAUUAGAGUCAUUGAGGGUCGACAGUUACCUGGAAACAACAUUAAGCCCGUAGUGAAGGUUAAUGUCUGUGGUCAGACACACAGAACAAGGAUUCGAAGGGGGAACAAUCCCUUUUUUGAUGAGAUUUUCUUCUACAAUGUUAACAUGUUGCCAUCAGAGCUCUUUGAUGAAUACAUAAGCAUAAGGGUAUAUGAUGCAUAUUCUUUGAGAGCAGACAGCCUCAUGGGGGAAUUCAAGCUCGAUGUUGGGUAUGUCUAUGAUGAACCUGGUCACACUGUUAUGAGAAAGUGGCUGCUUCUCAAUGACCCGGAUGAUUCCACCUCAGGAGCGAAAGGAUACCUCAAAGUCAGCAUGUUCGUCGUUGGGACUGGAGAUGAGCCACCGGUGGAGAACAGGGACACAGAUGGAGACCAGGAUGACAUUGAAAGCAAUCUACUGCUGCCUGCAGGGGUCUCGCUGCGAUGGGUCACUUUCAUGCUAAAGCUGUACAGAGCAGAGGAUAUUCCACAGAUGGACGAUGCAUUUGUGCAAAGUGUGAAGGAGAUGUUUGGAGCUGAGAGUAACAAGAAGAACCUUGUAGAUCCGUUUGUAGAAGUCUGCUUUGCAGGCAAAAAAAUUUGCAGUAAGAUAAUAGAGAAGACUGCAAAUCCAGAUUGGAACCAAGUCAUCAACCUACAGGUCAAGUUUCCCUCGAUGUGUGAUAGAAUACGACUGACUGUUUUUGACUGGGAUCGAUUGACAAGGAAUGAUGCUGUUGGAACAACAUACUUAAAUCUUUCCAAAAUAGCAUCAUCCGGUGGGGAACUUGAAGACUCAUCUUCGGGAUAUGGGGCUUCUCCAGCAUCUGAAGCUGCAAAUACUGAAUCGGACGUGGGAUUUUUGCCAGCCUUUGGACCUUGUUAUGUAAACCUGUACGGGAGUCCGAGAGAAUUUACUGGGUUCCCUGAUCCUUAUGAAGAUUUAAACUAUGGGAAGGGCGAAGGGGUUGCCUACCGUGGCAGAGUGCUGGUUGAACUCGCAACCAAACUGGAUGGUAAAGCUGACAAAAAGAUCGAUGACAUUCCCAAUGAUGACAUCUUGGUGGUGGAGAAAUACCAGCGUAGACGAAAGUACAGCAUGUCUGCUGUGUUUCAUACAGCUAAUAUGCUGCAGGAUGUGGGGGAGCCGAUUAAGUUUGAAGUUAGCAUUGGAAACUAUGGCAACAUAUUUGAUUCCACUUGCAAGCCACUGGCUUCCACAACUCAAUUUAGCUGUGCAGUGUUUGAUGGUAACUUCUACUAUUACUUGCCAUGGUCCAACAUUAAGCCAGUUGUUAUACUCACUUCGUACUGGGAGGACAUCAGUCACAGGAUGGACGCUGUAAACAUUAUUCAGAACAUGACCGACCGACUGCAAAAUAACAUUUGUAGUUUGAAAACGGCCCUGCUGGCUAAAGUUUCAGAUACCCGUCUGGCAGAGAUAUGGCUGAAGCUUGUCAAUCAGGUCAUAGAGGAUCUUGACAGUAAUCCUGUGCCAGAACUGGAGGGAAAAGCCAACCUUACCUCCCUUGACAUUCAGAUCAGGAAGAUGAGGGUGAACGCACUCAAGUUCAUUAAAGAUUCUGCCAUCCGGAUGAGAGAAGAGGCCAUCGAUGUGAAGGCCACCUUGAUGGAGAUUGAGAACUGGCUGGAGAGAAUGACUGGGCUAGUUGAUGAGCCUCAAAACAGCAUGCCUGACGUGAUCAUUUGGAUGUUGCGUGGAGAGAAGAGGGUGGCGUAUGCACGCAUUCCAGCUCACCAGAUCAUGUACUCGACCACCAGUGAACAGGCUUGUGGCAAAUACUGUGGAAAGAUUCAGACCAUUUUUAUGCAGUAUCCAAUGGACAAAACCAAAGGAAUCAAACUGCCAGUUCAGUUACGAGUCAACAUGUGGCUUGGACUGUCUGCCCAUGAAAAUAAGUUUAAUAGCUUUGCAGAAGGAACCUUCAGUGUGUUUACAGAAAUGUAUGAAAACCAAGCCCUUGUUUUUGGAAAAUGGGGCACCACAGGUCUUGUGGGACGCCACAAGACUUCUGAUGUCACCGGGAAGAUCAAGCUGAAAAGGGAAAACUUCAUGCCUCCGAAGGGCUGGGAAUGGGAGGGAGACUGGUUUGUGGACCCAGAGAGAAGUUUGCUGACAGAAGCUGAUGCUGGUCAUACAGAAUUUACAGAUGAGGUUUUCCAGAAUGAGACCAGGUAUCCUGGAGGAGAGUGGAAACCAGCAGAGGAGCCCUACACAGAUGUGAAUGGUGAGAAGGCACAGAAUCCCAGCCAGAUUGAGUGCCCCCCUGGUUGGAAGUGGGAGGAAGCCUGGAGUUUUGACAUCAACAGAGCCGUGGAUGAAAAUGGCUGGGAGUAUGGCAUAACCAUACCCCCUGAUAGCAAACCCAAAUCCUGGGUGCCAGCAGAAAAGAUGUACCACAUCCACCGACGAAAGAGGAUGGUACGACCACGCAAGAAGGAGUCAAAGGCCAGUACUUCAGAGAAAAUGGCCGCUCCACUGGGUGAUCCAGAGGGCUGGGAAUACUCUUCCCUUAUUGGUUGGAACUUCCACAGGAAGCAGCGGACAGCAGAUACCUUCCGACGCAGGCGCUGGAGGAGGAAGAUGGCUCCGUCAGACCGCCUUGGUGCCUCUGCCAUCUUUAAACUUGAAGGAGCACUAGGAACUGACAUGUCUGAUGCAGAUGAGAAAGGAAAAAGCAGCGAUAGUGCAACUUCCACGUUUGGUGCAAACACUCCCACAGUUUCCUGCAAUUUUGACAGGCCUUUUGUUUAUCAUCUUCGAGUCUAUGUUUACCAGGCCAGAAAUCUUUUGGCUUUGGAUAAAGAUAGCUUUUCAGAUCCGUACGCUCAUGUAUCGUUUCUGCAUCUGAGUAAAACCACAGAGACAGUUCCUGCCACCCUUAAUCCAACCUGGGACCAGACCCUGAUCUUCAAUACUGUUGAGAUCUAUGGGGACCCUCAGGCAGUAGCCCAGAACCCACCCAAUGUGGUUUUCGAGCUGUUUGAUAAAGACCAAGUGGGUAAAGAUGAAUCCCUGGGCAGAAGCGUGUGCCCUCCUCUAGUAAGACUCAACCCAGAAACAGGCGUGAGCCCGAGGCUGCUCUGGUAUCCUGUUAUGCACGGAGACAAGAAAAGUGGAGAUCUUCUUGUGGCUGCUGAGCUUAUAAUGAAGGACAAGCCUGAUGGGUCAAAUCUGCCUAUAGUUCCCCCAAAACGAGCAGCAAAACUCUACAUGGUGCCCCAGGGUAUCAGACCAGUGGUCCAGCUCACAGGCAUUGAGGUUCUGACAUGGGGUUUGAGAAACAUGAAAAACUUCCAACUAGCAGCUGUCUCUUCUCCAAGUCUCAUUGUGGAGUUCGGUGGGGAAAUUGUUCAGUCAGCAGUCAUCAAGAACAUUCGGAAGAAUCCCAACUUUCCAGGAUCAGUGCUCUUCUUUAAAGUGCUUCUUCCAAAAGAAGAAAUGUACACCCCUCCCAUAGUGAUUAAAGUGAUUGACCACCGUCCAUUUGGACGGAAACCCAUCGUGGGACAGUGUACCAUAGACUCACUGGAGGCGUUCCGCUGUGACCCCUACACCGCCACAGCAGAGGUUGCAAUGUCCUCAAAAGUGGCACUCAUGGCUGCCCCUCGAGAUGUAGCCAUUGACAUAGAGGAUAGAAGGCCAUUACUGGAAGCUCAGUUUGUGUACAGUAUGUCGACAGCUGUCAACAAAAUGGCCACCACAACAAUACGCCUUCAAGCAGAAAGGGAAAAGGAAACCGUUGAUUGGUGGAGUAAGUUUUACUCCUCUCUUGGGGAACAUGAGAAGUGUGGGCCAUACCUCCAGAAAGGCUAUGACACUUUGAAGAUCUUUCAUACUGAGUUAGAGAACGUUCCAGAAUAUAAGGGGUUAACAGACUUCUGUGACACCUUCAAGCUGUACAGGGGAAAAUCAGGGGAAGAUGAUGAAGAUCCUUCAGUAGUGGGAGAGUUUAAGGGUUUGUUCAAGAUCUAUCCCUUGUCCGAUGACCCUAGUGUCCCCGCGCCCCCUCGUCAGUUCAGGGAGUUGCCUGACAGCGCACCCCAAGAGUGCAUCGUCAGAAUUUACAUCAUUAGAGCCAUAGACCUGCAGCCCAAAGACAACAAUGGCUUGUGUGAUCCGUAUAUAAAAAUUGCUUUGGGUAAGAAAGUUGUGGAAGACAGAGAUCACUAUAUCCCUAACACCGUGAACCCAGUGUUUGGAAGAAUGUUUGAACUUACCUGCUUCAUCCCUCAAGAGAAAGACCUGAAGAUUUCGGUUUAUGACUAUGACCUGUUGAGCCGUGAUGAGAAAGUAGGGGAGACGGUUAUUGACCUGGAAAAUCGUUUGCUUUCUCACUUUGGUUCAUAUUGCGGAAUACCACAGACCUACUGCACCUCAGGAGUCAAUCAGUGGCGUGAUCAAAUGAAACCAUCUCAGAUACUGCAAAAUCUCUCCAGACUGAGAGGAAUCCCUCCACCGGUUAUCGCAGAGAAUGGCAAAACACUGUCCCAUGCAGGGCGUGAAUAUACAAUGGAUGAAUUUGAGACCAGCAAAAAAAUCCACCAACACCUGGGCCCACCAAAUGAGCGCCUGGCUCUGCAUGUCUUGAGAACACAGGGGCUGGUUCCUGAGCAUGUGGAGUCCAGGACACUCUACAGCUCUUUUCAGCCCACACUCUCACAGGGAAUUCUUCAAAUGUGGGUUGACGUGUUCCCAAAGAGCCUUGGUCUCCCUGGACCUCCAUUCGACAUCACACCUCGCAAACCUAAAAAGUUUUUUCUGCGUGUUAUAAUUUGGAACACAGCAGAGGUCAUUCUGGAUGAAACCAGCAUCACAGGAGAAGAAAUGAGUGACAUCUAUGUUAAAGGGUGGAUGCCAGGCAUGGAAGAAAAUAAGCAGAAGACAGAUGUCCACUUCAGGUCACUUGAUGGGGAUGGGAAUUUCAACUGGAGGUUUGUGUUCCCAUUCGAAUACCUGCCAGCCGAACAACUGUGCCUGGUUUCCAGAAAGGAACAUUUCUGGAGCCUUGACAAAAGUGAAUUCCGGACACCUGCAAAGCUGAUUAUUCAAAUUUGGGACAAUGAUAAAUUCUCUUUGGAUGAUUACUUAGGUACACUUGAACUGGAUUUGAACAAACUAACACCUCCUGCCAAAACCCCACAGAAGUGCCACUUGGAAAUGAUCACUGACAUCAAGGGGCCUGCCUCAAACAAAUCUCCCCAGGAUACCUCUCUCUUCACACAAAAAUCAGUGAGGGGCUGGUGGCCGUGUAUGUCAGAGGUGGAUGGAAAACGAACCCUAACUGGUAAAGUUGAAAUGACCCUGGAGAUUGUCACUGAGAAAGAGGCUGAGGAAAGGCCUGCUGGGAAGGGUAGAGAUGACCCCAACAUGAAUCCAAAGCUGGAUCCUCCGAACCGACCAGAAACGUCCUUUUUGUGGUUCACUAAUCCGUGCAAGACGAUGAAGUUCAUUGUGUGGCGCAGAUUUAAAUGGGUCUUCAUUGGCAUUAUCAUUUUAAUACUUGUGCUGCUUUUCCUGGGAAUACUGUUCUAUUCAUUACCGAACUACAUUUCAAUGAAAAUUGUGAAACCCUAAAUCCUAAGAAAAGGAAAGAGUGAAACUCUUCGACAGAAUGAAUGACAUGUGCUGCUCUCCUGAGCCUGAACCUCUGUGGACACUAGAAUUGUUUUUGGUUUGGUUGUGUUUUUUUUUUUUUUUUUUUUCUUCAGGCAGUAGCUAAAGCAAUCAAAACCCUUAUUCUUUUAGUUUUGCAACAGAUUCUGAGUUUAGAGACAGUACUAAAUUGGGAGUAAGAGAAUACAUUGAGAUAUAUUUACUUCUAUUCUUAUGGUAAAUGGGUUUGUACGUUUAAACUGAAUUAUUAUUGGGUUGGCUUUUUAUUCCUAACAGGGCAAUUGGAAUAAGCAAUGUCAGUGACCCCUAAAUCAAGUAAGCCUUCUACUGUAUGUGGUGAGGAGAGUGUAAAGUGUAGCUAGCUCUGUUGGUUUUGCACUUUUAAAAGAAAACUACUAAUUUAGCUUUUCAUUUUUGUGACAACCACACAAUUUCUGCUACAUAUACCUGUAUAUUUGGUGUUUUGCAUAGUCCAUUAAUGUCUGACAUUUUCUGUAUUGGCACCGUGUAAAAAGAGUGAAAAACCAACAAUGGCAGAAAAAUACCUGUAGAGAUUUCCGAGGACCAAAUGUUUAGUGUAAUCUUAAACAAGUGACUUUAAGGUGAAAAACACUAACAUCUGGUUUCACAGAUCCCAUUUGGUGCUACUUUGGGCUACCUUACCUAUCAUAAAAUUAGGUGGUCCAGGAUUAGUGCUAUCAUAGCCUGUGCAACCAGUCAUAUAAAUAAUUGAUGCACCCACCUUUUUUUAUUUGCUUUCACAUUUUAAAUAUUUGACUGCACUGCAUUUUGUAGCAGAACCUUCCCUAAUAAUGUCAACCUACUGUGUGUUAUAAUGAAAGGCAAUUGCAUUUUCCACAUUAACUACUGCGUGUCGGCUCAAAGCUAACCUCUACUGGCAGGUGGUGUAUGAGGAAUGCUGACGUUACUCAAAAGCAACAGAAUUAAGAUUCUCGUUUAGUAGCAUAAAUGCUCAUAAAGGUUCAUACUGGAACACAGAGUAUAUUUUUUAAUAAAGCAUUACUGUUUAACAUGAACAUCACCACACAGUGCUAAGAUGGAUUGAGUACCAUGUAUUUUCUAAGAGUUUAAAAGAUUCACACAUACAGCUUGUGGGGUGUGUGUAAAUAUAAAAAAUCACCAAAUGUAAGAAACCACUACAUAUCUACACUGUACUACAUCUUUACACUGAAUGUUAUAUCCAGAAAGCACCACAGAGACGUUUACAAUUAAUUCCUGAUGCGUUUAAGUUCACACAUGAUUGUUUUUAUCACACAUGGGAGGUUGCACUGUGUUAUAUUGUACUACCCACAUGCCAAGAUUCUGACAAUUAAAUACAGGAUGGGGGCGAACUGAUAGAUUUACUUAUCACAGUGUUCUGAAACAAAAGGAAAGUAAGUCAUUUCUGGCAUUCCUUCCUGCCAGUGAUUUUUCUCCAAUGGCAAAACACCGAAGGACAAUUGAAGCCCAAUAUUUAAAAAUGAAAUGUUGAAUGUAUUUCCUACAUUGAUUUAAAAUGCUUAACUGCUGUGUUUGCCUGCUCUGGGGGCCUCUCAAUUGCAAUGCCCAAUAUAGCUGCCAGGAUACUGAAUGUUUCAAUUGCUGAAAGUUUUCAAAUUAGAUUUCUUUUUUUUUUUUUUUUUAAAUA